CAUGGUGCAUCUCUGAAGGGAACCUGUAUCAGAUAUGAUUGGUUUCCAACCAUCUAAGAGGCAAGCUGCACAGACUAGUGUGUUAUUGGAGAACAGGUCAGUGGAAUUCAAGGAAGCUAGCUCAGAUACGUCCCUCCUUUUUUACUAGGAGAGCAAGGGACUGACUGAGCUAUUUGUCUGGUUUUAGAUUGGUGAAAGAGCUUCUGUUUCCAGGAAACCCAGAUCCUUCUGACAGUUACGACACACAGUGGUGGGUUUGAUAUUGGAAUGAAUUAAGUGGUGCGGAGGGAUGCACACUGGACCGUCACUGGCUUUAGCAAUCAUCACAUGUUUUCUGCAGAGAUACUUCUGUGAAAGUGGCUGGGUCAAGAAAGAAGGUUUGAAGCCAGGCUCAGAGACAGAGACGUACGGCUACAAGGCUUUCUCUGGGGAGGGGUUUGUCAUGCAAUGUACUAAGCCACAGUCCGCCGGUCUCUGUGAGCGCCUUUACAACAUCACAGCCAGCUCUGAGGAAGCUGAUUGGUCGAGGGCCGAGGGGGAAACCAAUAGAGACAGAGAUUUCCUCAGAGACGACGGGGCUGUGAGAGGACGGGGGAACGCGCUCUGGUUCUCUACCGUUACUGCAAAUGACUCUGGGAAGUACGCAUGCCACACAGGCGGUAUGGUGUUCCACUUCUAUGUGGAGGUGUUGGAGAGGGGCAGCCUGGGGUGCAGGGACCCAGAGGAGAGCAGGGUCACUCUGGUUCUGGGUAAAGGUGGCAUGAUCCCCUGCCCUGGGAUCAAAUGUCAGACACAGAGGUCAGAGGUCCCCGCCUCAAACACAGAGGUCACAUGGUACAAGGAUGCCAGGCCUGUAUGUGAGCAACAGGAAGAGAGGGAUAUCUCUGUGGAAGACAGGUAUAUUCUUCGGCUGGGUACUGUCCAUGUGAGUGACGCUACAGUGUAUUUCUGUGACUACACUUAUGAAGACAACGGGAUCCCCUGGACAGUCAGGAGAUCUGUGAACGUCUCGGUCAUACCAGCUGACACCAAAGACCCUCCACGGAUGACUUAUCCCCAUGGCAACGAGGAGACCGUGGAGCUGGGGGAGCCUCAUACUCUGAGCUGUGAGGUGCAGUUUGGGUUCCAGAGGACCUUUGACCCAGUGGUCCAGUGGUGGAUCAGUUCCCAUAGCAACCAUGAAGGCAUGAUGAAACUGAUGGAGAUGGAAGCACAGCAGGUAAGUGAAAGGAGUAUUGAAGAGUUAGAGUUCACGGUCACCAGGACAGCUCAGAUCCCGGAGGUGACCCAGCUACACCUGGACUCCACCUUCACCUGUCUGGCCCAGAACUCUGUAGGCAACAGCAGCGCCACCAUCAUGCUGACUAGGAAACCUGCAGUUUCCCGUGUUCUGGUGAUAGGGUGUCCGGUGGUGUGUCUGCUGUUUGUAGCUGGGCUGGGCAUUACAGUGCACGUCUACUGGCUAGAGAUCUCUAUUCUCUACAGAAUCUACCGGCCGUACAAACAGACAACCACAGAUGACAGGGAGUAUGAUGCCUUUGUGUCUUACGUGCCCAGCUCUUCCUCUGAGGAGGGGGGAGGAGGAGGAGGAGGAAGAGGAAGAGGAGUGAGAGAGGAGCCGCUGGAGGUGCUCCUGCCCAGGGUUCUGGAGGGGCAGUGGGGCUACCGCCUCUGUAUGCUAGAGAGAGACCUGCUGCCGGGCGGAGCAUAUGCAGAGGAUGUGGUGUGGGCGAUCUGCAGCAGCAGGAGACUGGUGUGUAUCCUGAGUCCUGACUACCUGGCCAGUACUUGUCUGUUUGAACUGGAAACAGGCAUCAGAGCCUUACAGCAGGACGCACACCUCAGGCUCAUCCUCAUCUGGACCAGCCCUAGCACCAGCAGCCCCAACCCCAGGCCUAGCAGUCCCAACCCCACCAACAGCAGGCCUCUAUCUCUACCUCUGUCCCACACCCUGGGCCUGGUGUCUCCAGCCUCUCCGCUGCCCCCGGUGGUUCGGAGGGCCAUCAGAGUCCUGCCUGCUCUAUACUGGACUCCCCAAGACCAAGGAAGGAUGAUAACUAGAUCCAACUCUGGAUCACGGUUCUGGAGAGCCCUUCACAAGGCCAUGCCAGCUCAGAGUGGGACUGGGACAGACACACGGACACUCUCAGACACCCAGGACAGAGGGACUGUUUUGUAGGCGUUUUAAGUUCUCAACACCUGGGCUGGGUUUCCCAAAAGCAUUGUAGCACUAAGAUCAUCUUAAUUCCAUUGAAACUAAAUAGAGGAAGAUGAUGUUAGUGCUACGGAUGCUUUUGGAAAACUCAUUUACAUUACAUUACAUUUACGUCAUUUAGCAGACGCUCUUAUCCAGAGCAACUCAGCCCUGUAUACUUUAUUUUUUGGGGGGGGUGUAGUCUAACCGUUAUGUUCUGUUCUCAAGAAACUUGACACCUUCUAUACAUUUUUUUUUAAGAGGGACUGGUUUCAUGCGUGCCACUUGUUGUUUCAUGGUUGUUGCUUCUAAGAAUGUGUUGUUUUUACCUCCUGGAACCUGGUAACGGAUGUGGCUAGAAACACUGCCCCCUGCUGGUGCCAUGCUCAAUGACAGUUCAGUGGUUCCUGGUAAAUAGCAGUCAAUGCAGAUUCUGGGUGUAUUCUUUUUUCAGAUCAGCUUUUUUGACAAUAAUUGGGUGAAAGAUCAGAAUCCUUAACGCACACCAUAGCAAAACGUUUUGCAAACGGAAAAACAAGUUUCUAAUUAACAAAUUCAGGUAGGUUCCGUCCCUGUUUCGUUUGCUUCUGUUUGUUUCCUAGCUAACACAUAUACCCAGAAGGUAUAUUAUUUAAUUAAUCACAAAGAACUGUCAACAAACAAACUACAAUACAGAGAAGGACGUAAUAUAUUCGCAUAAGCUACAGUGAAAGACAGCUGUUGAUAGCUGAAGAAUUUGUUUCCUUAUGUGAAGGAAAAAACACUGGCCUCAUGUCUUUCCAUUUUGAAAGGCUGUGUAUGAUAGUGUUGUCUUUCCAUUUUGAAAGGCUGUGUAUGAUAGUGUUGUCUUUCCAUUUUGAAAGGCUGUGUAUGAUAGUGUUGUCUUUCCAUUUUGAAAGGCUGUGUAUGAUAGUGUUGUCUUUCCAUUUUGAAAGGCUGUGUAUGAUAGUGUUGUCUUUCCAUUUUGAAAGGCUGUGUAUGAUAGUGUUGUCUUUCCAUUUUGAAAGGCUGUGUAUGAUAGUGUUGUCUUUCCAUUUUGAAAGGCUGUGUAUGAUAGCGUCCCCAUCUCUUCUCAUACCCAGUAACGUCAUCAAGAUUGUCAUUGAGACUUUACAUUAUUUAUGCAUCUGAAGAAUGCAUGAUACACUGGUAUUUGCAUCGUGGUUCAAUUGCUUUUUUUUGCAUAAAUAUCAUUAAAACAGACAUUUCAUUUCAGAAUUGAAUGUAAGUUUAUUGUCCUAAUAUUAAUAUUAAUACAUGUCAACCCCAGGCACAGGAGAAAUGGUUCCUGUCUGAUCACUCCGUAAAGGUAUUACAGACGGUGCAUAAAUGAGGGAAAGGCAAGGGUUGAAAACCCAGUUAGGACAGUUAUAAAGUGAUAUUCCUAGAUGAGACACAAACUAUUAUUUAGUUGUCUUGAAGUUCCCUUUCCCAAAAUGUGUCCUAAUUGCUCUUACCUACACCCACUCCGGUCCACUAUAUAAAAACACACACACACACACACACACACAAAC